AAUCAACAAAAAGAUAUCAUCCUGACAACCUUUUUCUUCUUGGUACAAAAGAAAAGUCUAAAAAGCACAUGCAUGAUCUUUUUUGGUUGUUUCUGAUGACCCAUAUCUGACUCAUGCAACAAUCAGUUAAAAGAUUCAUCAACUCCUCCUCAAACCCCUAUAUAUAAUGCUACAAGGAAUGUUCUUAAACCAUCAACCAAAACAUAAAUAUAUCACAAUACAGCAAUAUUCCUCCGCAAAAUCAGAAUCACAAUGAAGAACUUACUCAGUGGAACUGUGGUGGGUAUUCCCAUGAGUUCAGCAGUAUGCCCGCUUGAAAGGCAGCCAAAAAGACUACCGGCCCUAUCUGCAAGUGAAGACCAUAUUGUUCCAUAUGCAACUUCAAAGAACUUAUCUAAAAUAAAGCAAAGAAAAUCUGUUAUUGGUAAGAUGAACAAAUUCGGAGAAAGGAUGGACUGUCUUGCACAAGGCAUCCGUGAGCAUGUGAGCCUAAGCCCAAAGCUAACAGAAAUUGUGAAGGGAAAAUUGAGCCUAGGGGCAAAAAUUGUUCAAGUAGGAGGGUUGGAGAGAAUAUUCAAGCAGAAGUUUAGUGUUAGAGAUGAUGAAAAGCUAUUGAAGGUUUCUCAAUGCUAUUUAUCAACGACAGCUGGUCCAAUAGCAGGCCUUCUCUUCAUCUCUACAGAUAAGAUUGCUUUCUGCAGCGAGCGAUCAAUAAAGCUCUUAUCUCCAACUGGAAAGUUUCUUAGAAUCCGUUACAAGGUAUCGAUCCCAAUAAGUAAGAUAAAGAAAGCAAAAGAGAGUGGGAAUAUGGAAAAGCCAUCACAGAAGUAUAUACAAGUAGUUACAGAGGAUGAUUUUGAGUUCUGGUUUAUGGGAUUCCUUAAUCAUCAAAAGACUCUGAGAUAUCUGCAGCAGGCAAUUUUUAGUUCUUCAAGCAAGCUAAGAAGAUAGCUUUUUCUCCUUUUCUUUUUUCAUUUUGUUUCCAAAUUCGCCUUUCAUCAAUGUAAAAUGUUGAUGCAAAACGAAUUGGAUCUGUUCAAACUUGUAACUAGCUCCAUUUCUCGAAGGAGGUUUUAGGUUUUGUAGGCUUUGAGCCUUGGCAGUUAAUACGGAUGUACAGAUUUAUUGUAAAACUAAAGUCAAUGGAAGGCUAAUUCAUGUUUUAGGA